UGGGUCAAUUACAAGAACCCUAGCAGUCUCUCUCAUUUCCUCCUCCUCCUCCAUUUCUCUCUCAUCUCUCUAAACCAUGUCUUCUCGGAGGCUGAUCUCAUCUCUCCUCCGAUCUUCAUCUCUCCGUUCACCUUCAUCCAGAUCUGUUCUCAGAUCUCCAUCACCAUGUUCCUCAACUCGUUCUUCCUCCAAAGGAUUCCUCCUCAAUCGUGUCAUGGAUUACGCUUCCUCCGCCGCUGCUCAAUCCAAGCCCGCCGCUUCACCUCCUCCAUCCAAGCCUGCUGCACCAACUGGAAAGAUCACUGAUGACUUCACCGGCGCCGGAUCUAUCGGAAAGGUUUGCCAAGUCAUCGGUGCUGUCGUGGACGUCAGGUUUGACGAAGGUCUUCCUCCUAUCUUGACUGCUUUAGAGGUUCAGAAUCACUCGAUCCGUCUUGUUCUUGAAGUUGCUCAACAUUUGGGAGAGAAUAUGGUUAGGACUAUUGCUAUGGAUGGUACUGAAGGUCUUGUUCGUGGUCAGGGAGUUCUUAACACUGGGUCUCCAAUCACUGUGCCUGUUGGAAGAGCUACUCUUGGUCGUAUCAUUAAUGUUAUUGGAGAAGCUAUUGAUGAAAGGGGUGACAUCAAUACUGAUCAUUAUUUGCCUAUUCAUCGAGAGGCUCCAUCUUUUGUGGAUCAAGCUACUGAACAACAGAUUCUUGUUACUGGAAUUAAGGUUGUUGAUCUCCUUGCCCCAUAUCAAAGAGGAGGGAAAAUUGGUCUUUUUGGUGGUGCUGGUGUUGGAAAGACUGUUCUUAUUAUGGAACUGAUUAACAAUGUUGCUAAAGCUCAUGGUGGUUUCUCUGUGUUUGCUGGUGUUGGUGAACGUACCCGAGAGGGUAAUGAUUUGUAUAGGGAAAUGAUUGAGAGUGGUGUCAUUAAGCUAGGAGAGAAACAGUCUGAAAGCAAGUGUGCUUUGGUGUAUGGACAAAUGAACGAGCCCCCAGGUGCUCGUGCCCGUGUUGGUCUUACUGGAUUGACUGUGGCUGAACACUUCCGUGAUGCUGAAGGUCAAGAUGUGUUGUUGUUCAUUGACAACAUUUUCCGUUUCACUCAGGCUAACUCUGAAGUGUCUGCUUUGCUUGGUCGUAUUCCAUCCGCUGUCGGUUAUCAACCAACUUUGGCUACCGAUCUUGGAGGUCUUCAAGAACGUAUCACUACAACCAAGAAGGGUUCCAUUACUUCUGUCCAGGCUAUUUACGUUCCUGCUGACGAUUUGACUGAUCCUGCACCCGCUACCACUUUUGCUCACUUGGAUGCCACAACUGUGCUAUCCCGACAGAUUUCUGAGCUGGGUAUUUAUCCUGCGGUGGAUCCUUUGGAUUCUACAUCACGUAUGCUUUCCCCACAUAUAUUGGGAGAGGAGCACUACACUACUGCCCGUGAUGUGCAAAAGGUUCUUCAGAACUACAAGAAUCUUCAAGAUAUCAUUGCUAUUCUCGGAAUGGAUGAACUCAGUGAAGAUGAUAAGUUAACUGUUGCUCGUGCCCGUAAGAUCCAGAGGUUCUUGAGCCAACCUUUCCAUGUUGCUGAAGUUUUCACCGGUGCUCCUGGAAAAUAUGUCGAGCUAAAGGAGAGCAUUGCCAGUUUCCAGGGAGUUUUGGAUGGAAAGUAUGACGAUCUGUCUGAGCAGGCGUUUUACAUGGUUGGAGGAAUCGAUGAGGUUAUUGCCAAGGCGGAGAAGAUCGCCAGGGAAUCAGCUGCAUAAGUCUGUCUGGUCAAAAAGCUUAUAACUGUUUUUACAUUUCUUUACCUAAAUAUUUGCGCGAGAAUAAUUUAGAUGUGUUGGCUGCUAUGUUAUGUAUGCUAACAACAACCGAAAAAAAGUGUUGAUUUUUUGAUGAAAUUAUGUCGGAUUUUUCUCUGCC